CUUCAUUCUCAUCUUUUGUCUACACAUCCUCAUUAUGCCAGUCUCCCAUCAAAGUAACAAGGCCACCCUUUCCCACCCUUCUGGUGCAUCUGCAGAAGUCUACCUCUUUGGUGCGACUCUUACAUCGUGGAAAGUCUCCAACAAAGAGCGCAUCUUCCUCAGUGCCGAGGCAGUCCUAGACGAAUCAAAGGCUAUCCGUGGAGGGAUCCCAUUGGUCUUCCCUGUUUUUGGCAAAGGCAAAGCUCCUCAUAUCACUGCUUCGCUUCCCCAGCAUGGAUUCGCAAGGAUUUCACGCUGGAAGUUUGUCAAUUCUUCAGAUGAUGACCAAACGGUUACUGCUCAGUUCGGUUUGGAUCACUCCAUGAUCUCUGAUGAACACCGCAGUUUGUGGCCAUUCGACUUCUCGCUGAUCUACACUAUCAAAUUAACAGCAGAUACAAUUGAGACUCACCUCAAGGUCCAUAAUGUCGGUGACAAGCCUUUCGACUUUAACACUCUUCUACAUACCUAUUUCUUAAUUCCUGAUGAAUCUAAAGUCAGGGUCAUUGGGUUGAAUGGGGUUGACUAUGCUGAUAAGGUCCUGCAACAGUCCUCUCGCCAGGAUGGUGAGGCUGUGAUUCGUGGCGAAGUUGACAGAGUUUAUGCAAAUGUCAAAUCGACCGAUAUUGACAUCCAUUACGGAGCUGAUGAGCAGCAAAAUGGGCGCGGUAUCAAGUUGAGCAAGAAUGGAUUGAACGACAUUGUAGUUUGGAACCCUUGGAUCGAGAAAUCAGCGGGUAUGGCUGAUUUUGGAGAUGAGGAAUAUCAUCGUAUGAUUUGCGUCGAAGCAGGCCAAGUUGCAGAGUUUAUUGCCCUUGCUUCCGGGGACUCUUGGGAAGGAAGCCAAGUCUUAAGCCUUUUGUGAGCAGCAUUGGAUUGUCAUAUCAAUAAUAAAAUUAAGCGCGAAAAUAGCAG